CGUGCUGACAUCCUGGACGAGCUGCAGAAGAGUCAGAAGGUGUUUGCAGAGAAGCUGAACCACCUGAGCCGCAGACUGGCCUGGAUUAAUGCUACCAUCUACUCCAAGGAGAAGAUGCUGGACGUGUACUGGUUGCUGUGUGUGUGCAUUCGCACCAUCGAACACGCCGACAACACGGGCUCUCUGUUCGCCUUCACCCCCGAGUUCUUCCUGAACGUGGCCAUGAACGCCUACAGCGCCCUGAAGAACUACUUCAGCCCUGCCAACAGCAUGGAGGAGCUGCCAGAUAUCAAAGACUCUCUGAUGCAGGCGCUGGCCAGCUAUGUCUGCUACCCACAAUCCCUCAGGGCGGUGGAGAGGAUCCCAGAGGAGCAGCGAGUGGCGAUGAUGAGGAACCUUCUGGCUCCAUACGAGCAGAGACCCUGGGCUCAGACCAACUGGAUUCUGGUCCGACUGUGGAGGGGCUGUGGCUUUGGCUACAGAUACACUCGUCUUCCUCACCUGCUGAAGACCAAACCUGAAGAUGCCAACCUGCCCAGCCUGCAGA